GGGCCACGUAGCUGCCCUGAAAAACGGAUGGAGCGCUUGAAAAAUAUACAGUACCAAUUGGAACCUUGCAACUACCCUACCUCCUGAUCUCAAAAGAUAACACAAAAUGUCUCUCGACGAGCAAUUCAAACAGGUCGCCGAUAAGGUUAGGAACUGGAAGACCAAGCCCAGUGACGAUGAGAACCUUGCGCUGUACUCCCUGUACAAGCAGGCUACCAUAGGUGAUGUUAACAUUGCCCAGCCCAGCGGUCUUGUGGAGAGCGCCAAGUGGAAGGCAUGGAACAGUCGCAAAGGCAUCUCCCAAGACGAUGCCAAGAAGCAAUACAUCGAAAAUGCGGAGAAGCUCCACUCCAAAUACGCAUAAAUUAUUACUUAGAAUUAAAUAAAUUUCCUACUUAAAUUAUGCUCUUUCUCACGAUUUUCUUAAAUAAAUUAACAAAAUAAUAUUCUGU